GUACGUGCAGUAUGCGGUAGGUCAAAUCACAUGCUAAUGAUAACGGAGAUUUUCUUGCAUUAUCGAAGCUACUUCUUGGCCGAAACCUUGCUUAAGCUGGCACUGCUUAUACGUUGAGUAUCUUCAAAGGAUCAGAUCGAAGGACAUCGUUUUCUGGUCAUGAAUGGGGAGGACAGCACUAGGCUGCGGGGUCGACAUUUUGAGGGGGCAGAAGUUAGCCAAUCACCGCGUCGCAGUCUGCGCACAAAAUCGGGAAGCCCUGUCAUUCUCCGCAAGGCCACAGACGAACACCCUGAGAACCGGUCGCCAAGGAGGCAAGCUAUUCAUCUCACCAGUGAGCACACAGGUAACUUUCCUGACAGCAGGCAAUUUCAGCAAUUAGCAGAGUCAAGGUUCACUGUGUUGGAUGUUGCUGUAAACGGCACUGCAGCAGACGGCCCAGUCAAGGGACGCAGCAGACUCGCCGAACUCCGAGAGGCUGUGACCAAAUCCCCCAGCAAAGACCCGGUCAGUCGGGACGUCAGCAUCAUGGUUAGGGAGGCAACAGAGAAUGAAGAUAGGCCUAGAAGAACAAGGGCAACAGGACCCGCAGAUCCAGUCCCGGAACAUAUGGGAUGCCCCACGCCCGGCUGCGAUGGAUCAGGACACACUAACGGCAAAUUUUCCAAGCACAGAUCGAUUGUCAGUUGCCCAGUAGCAUCCAAGAAACGAAAGCUUUGCUCCAAGCCCACCUCGCCCGAGCCUCAGCGCAAGGUGAAGCGGUCCCGGCGCCGUGGUGGCAACAACGCCGCCUCGAACCAGGAGGAAGUCGAUGACGAGGUCAUCAUCAACAGGCCUGCCACAAGGGGUGGGGCAGCAGCUCCAGACCCGGAGGACGAGAACUCCGUGUCCUCACUGGAUGACGAUCUGCAGUCCAAGUGCAGCCGGCGAGCCAUUGUCAACCUCCAGAAGCUCCUGGACAACGUGACGGCCGAGAUCGACCAGGAGAAGAAGGGGGCAGAGGAGGGGGCAGAGCUGCCCAAGAAAGCAGAGGAGGAGGAGGAGGAGGAAGAGGAAGAAACCCCGCCUGACGACGAUGACGAUGAGAAGGAUGAAGUGGGCAAGGAGAUGGAGACUGAGAAAGACGAGGAGGAAGAAGAGGAAGUUGCUGAUGAUGCUGAAGAAAAAGAAGAAGCUGAAGAUGAUGGAGAUGCCGAAGAAGAGGAGGAAGAAGAGGAUGAGGAGGAGGAAGCAGUGGAAGAUGAUGAAGUCCAACUGAAUCUGUACGACUUCAAGAAUAUCAGCACCUCCGUUGUAGCCGAAGACCAGGAUGACGAGGAAGUCUGCACGCCUCCCAAGCUUCAUAAGGAACUGGCCUUUCUCAACCAGGAGGUGACUGUUUUACACGCUACUCCCGAAUUAUCCAAGGGGACUACCGCCUCGGAAGCCCUGACAACAACAGAUUGCCUCUCGGAUACUGUUGACAAGGAGACUGGUGAUGUUUCAGGUGCCAAGCUGCCCUUGGAGAACAGCGAAGACAUGGACGAGGAUGAGGAUGAGAUCCUGGAGCUGAUUGGUGAUGAAUCAGGAGAUGAUGAUGCCUUCUCCUCCACCCCUCCCAAGCCCAAGGAGGCAGGGCAAGAAGACGAGGAUGACUACAGCAUCGCCAUGCCACAGCUGCCCAAGCAUCUCCGUCUCAUGAGUGAACAGCUGUCGCAGGAGCUCGAGGAGGAAACAAAGAAGCACCAAUCAGAUGACAGCACCUGCCAGGAGAAGACCCUUGGGGAAGAGGUUUCCAAGCAAGUAGUUAACCAACCUAUCCCAACCAUCACCGAAGAGCAAAACACUGAUGCUGCUGAGUUAGAGAGCAGCAAACAGAUUGCACAGACUGAGAUUCAAGAUAGACUGGCAGAAGCUCAGCACGCCCCUGCUGAAAAGGAGGACCCUCCGGGGGUACAAGAAAUGCUUCCAGAAGCUGAGGAGGAGACAGAUACACAGAGUGUAACAGAUGAGCUUCCUGCUAAGGACAGGGACACCCUCCUGACCGAGUCCAUGCCGGUCCCAGACGAGCCGCUGGUCAUUGAUGACAAAUCAGUCAGCCAGGCUGAGGAGAACAAAGAGAACACGCAGAUCCCCCCAACCAUUAGUGCGCUGUUGUCGGCUAAACCCCAGGUCUCCUUUCCGGCGAUGUCCAAGAUGCUGACCAUACCCGUGGUCAAGACGGAGCCGGUUGACGUGUCUACGGCCGGCCAGAUGACGUCUAUGGCACUGGCGUCAUCCAACAUGACAUCGGCCAUGACGCAGAUGAAGGAGGCAAUGAGGAGUGUGUCUGGCACCCCGAUGACGUCAAUGCUCCUUACUGACGGCACCCCAGUGACAACGAUGCUAGCACCAACAUCAACAAUGGCAAAAGACUUAAUCGAGGGCUGUAAGUGCCCUACCCCGGGCUGCGAUGGAACGGGCCAUGUCACUGGACUGUACCACCAUCAUCGAAGUCUUUCUGGCUGUCCGCACAGAGACAAGAUCCCCCAGCAACUACUGCAGAUGCACGAACAUGUCCUGAAGUGGAGUAAAGAGGGAGGACAUAACCUUCCUCUAAUCAACCAUUCAUCUUGGUUUUCAAACGGAUAUGCUUUUGUAGGGCCCGGGAGAGUUGAAGCAAAGUCAGGAACGCAAUGCAGUUUUUCCCAGCAGCAGGUGCGUAGGGCUCGACUGCUCAAGGAGCUGGAGCUGGCGCUGCUCAGGGCGCACCUGUUGAGGUUGGGAAUCAAACCCGAAACUGUAGACCGUUUGAUGGGCAGAUGCCCGACACCGGGCUGCACAGGACGGGGGCAUGUCAAUAGCAACAGGAACUCUCACAGGAGCUUGUCCGGUUGUCCCAUUGCUGCGGCGGAGAAGCACGCGGGCGGUAAACUACAGCAGCCGCCGCCGCAGCAGCAGCCGCAGCCGUCCGGCGAGCCGAUGAACCGGUUUGAUGGCAUGCCCCAUGUCGCGACCAGCCGACCGGACCACGUGGUGGCCGACAUGCUGAGCAGAUCAGUGUAUGUGAAGCAGAUGGAGAGCGGCUACCAGCCCUUCACGAAUUCGGGUCCACGGCCCAACCUACCCGGGGACGUCCGGUUCAGCAAACCGGAAGGUGUUCUGGCCUUUGAUGCCAAGGUGGCUUACAACACGGGUCACAAGCGCAUUGCCCCUAAGAUCAUCACAGCCAGCGACUUGAGCCCGCCAGUCAAGAAGAAGGUCCAAGCUGGGGACUACGACCCCAACGACUGCACCAUUGACUCCACGUCCGCCCGCAUGGCAGCCACUGCCCUCAACCUGUCCAUCAAGACGCCCCAGCUGGCCCCCUCGACGCAGUUGACCAUCCCCAUGCAGAUGCCGCCCCCACCCCCACCCCACCAUCAGCACCACGCCCCGCAGACAGCCCACCAGCACCAUGCCCCCCAGCCACUGACCGGCCCUGCUGCACCGGCAUCGCAGCGGGCCAUGGAGACAGUCAAGGUGGAUAGCAACGGCACACUGGACCUCAGCAUGAAGUCCAGCAAGUCUACCGAAGCGGCAUCCGGCCCUGCCCCGGUCACCGCACCUGGCCCGAGUGCUCCCUCCCCGGCUUCGGUGCAGUCGGCGGCCAGUGGGCUGAUGCAGCUGAGUGUGCCCCAGCCCGGGGUGCAAAACCCAGUCCCCCCCUUCAUCACAACAGCACCCACCAUCCUACAGAUCCCCCGAAGCUACGGCGAGCAGCCCAUGGACUUCUCCAGUGUUGGCAAACCACAGAAAGCCAGCAAGGCUCCCAUUAGUUCGGUUUCAUCGUUCCCAACCAAUCUGACAACCAGCUCCUCAAUUACCGUCGCAGCUAUGCUGAAGACCUCCAACCCAGAUUAUGAUGACCCAAGUAGUGGUGCGUUCAUGCAAUUUAACAAACCCCGCAAAAUGAAGGGCGGCCUCGAUGGGAAACGCGAGCAUCUGAGUUGUCCCACCCCCGGCUGCGAUGGAUCAGGCCACGCCACAGGAAAUUACGCCUCCCACAGAAGUAUAUCGGGGUGCCCCAUGGCUGACAAAUCCGCCAUUGUUCAGUCCAGUCAGGAGCUUAAGUGUCCGACGCCGGGCUGCGACGGCUCGGGCCACAUCACGGGCAACUACACCUCCCACCGCAGUCUCUCGGGCUGUCCCCGGGCCAAGAAGCGCAACGCCAUGUACGCCCAGCAGAAGGCCCAAGCUCAGGCCCAGGCGGAGGCAGGCAACGAUGAGAAUGUGGAGGAUCCCACCAUGAGAAUUCCCCUCCCCCUUUCAUUUUUGAAUCCUCCCGGAACUGUUAACGAUUACCAGUGGAGUGCGACAGACCUUGGCAGGUGCCCGGUUCCCAACUGCGAUGGCUCGGGCCAUCUGACGGGCAAGUAUGCCUCACAUCGCAGCGCCUCGGGAUGCCCCAACGCCUCCAAGGUGUAUCAGAACUACCUGCGGGACGGCUUUGGUGCCAACGAGCAGUCGGGCUCCCCAGCUGCCGUCGCUCCCAAGUCUGUGAAAAUGGAACCUCAGAAUUCGUCGAGUUGCCCGAUUCCUGGUUGUGAUGGCUCUGGCCACUGUAAUGGUAACUUCUCCUCUCACCGUAGCCUGUCGGGAUGCCCCAAGGCCACUAGUGUCAUGAAGAAGGCCCGGCUGAAAGAGGAAGAAAUUGCUGCCAUCUCCCUGAAAGCUGCUCAAGGCAUUGAGAAUGAUGAGGAAAUCCGUGCCCUGGACACCGAGAUCAGCGAGCUGCAGCACAGCAACUGCCAGAUGGAGUCGCAGAUGAUCAAGCUGCGAACCCAGAUCACCUCCAUGGAGGGCAAGCUGCACAUGGCGGAGAAGGAGCACAGCGCCAUGGAGGAGAAGCACCGCACGCUGACCCAGCAGCUUGAGGAGCUGCGCAACACUCUCAUCAAGCACCUGUCAGAGGUGCAGAGCCAGGCGGCCUCGGCGCCCCAGCAGGCUGCGACUGCUGCUGGCGCAGCCCAGCUGCCCCAGCCGGCCGCUGCUGGCGCAGCUGCCACCCGGCCAGGACUGAGCCGGGAGAACAUCGAGGCCUUCCUGACUUCGCUGGAGACCACCACCGUGGCGACGGGAGGAGGAGGGACCGAGGACCGGCCCGAGACGCCACCUGAGGAGGAUAGUGCCCCGAUAGAAUUUGAGGCGCCCGAGGGUGCAGCGGCAAAACCGGUGGCAGCUGUGGGAUCGGCAGCAGUCAAUAACAUUGCUGUGUCUGCCACAUAAAUGCAGCACUUUCCAGGCGAGCCAUCCUGUCUCAAGCAGAUGAAGGAUUCAGGCUGAGAGAAAACCCUCACUAACGUCAUUCUAAUCAUGAUUCAUUUUACUGUGUGUGCUGAAAGAUUCCUGAGAAUCUACCUUUGGUGUUGUAAGAUUUGCCAAGAUCAGUACAGAGUAUGACGAACUCUACUCUGUAGCACACACACUGCUGUGUGUUAUCAUUGCAUUAGACUUACAGGAUACAAAUGCCUAAAACUUUUCCCACAUGACAAGUCCAUCUCUUCUGCAACUUUAAUACACAAAUUCAUUUGGCUAGAACAAUCAGAGCCUUCCCAAAGUGAAAUGGAAAAGGGAAAGCUCUGGACUGGCUUUGAGUUAAGACUGUUAGUGCAUGUGAAACAGGGAGGUUAUUUUUUCUGUUGUUGUUCAGAAGAUGCAGCAGGCAGUUCUGACAUCCUUCCAGUUUGGCCACAUUGUAGUCUUUCAUUGUGACUGUCAUCCCCCCGACCUUCCCAGAAAGUUUUAAAAAUCGACAACUGACCGACUAAACCUGAUUGGAAAAUGGAGAAAGGCGCAUACAAUUUCAGACGUGUGUGAGUCAAUAGGGGGUGUUGCAAGUAGUUCUGAAGCAUGUUCCCAUGAGAGCUGACCCUUGACCUUAAAUAUGAAUUUUGACAUAUUUCCGUGACCCUGAUCGACGGUGACCACUUGAAUUUGAAAUUCUCAGUAAUAAGUUACUCUGAUGCAGAUUAUAAUGAAUUGUAUGCAGAAUAUAGCAUUGUUUCUUUUUUUUCUGGUUUGAGUUUUUUUUAUGCACAAAACAAAUAAUUUGUACCUUGCAAUGAAUCCUGGAACUGUGUGCUUGUACAUAGAAAUGUUGUUCUUUUAUUCCCCAACAGGGUUUACUGUUGAAGUUUUGUCAGUGAAAAUGCAACCCUUUCACUGUUCACUCUUUUCUGCCUUUUGGACGGAAAAAUACAAGUGUGUGCCAGCCACUCACAGAAAGCAAACUUUCAUUUAUUUUAGCUUUUCUAUGAAAAGACAUUUCCAAAUUUCAAAAGUCCUUGAUGACCUGCAAUGAAAUGGUGUGGGUUGAAGAAAAACUAUUUUGCUUGUUUCAUGUGGCGGAAACCAGCUAGGCAUUCAUCGCCUGAGUGACUGGUGUCUAACAGCUUCCUUAAUGAACGUUGAUGAAUUAUUCUAAACUGUUCACGUGAAUGUGAUCUGUCAGUACUAGAAAUGGAAAAGAAAAAAAUAUGUGCUGGAAAUAGUGCCCAAAGAUUGCCUCUGAAAAAGAGUGGUGUGAAGAAAACGACCUAUUGAUUUAGGAAAUUCCUACCUAUACUGAUCCAAUUGUAGCAUGGAUGGUUUCCAUUUCAUUGGGGUGGGCACCGGCCACCUCUGACCAAUCAGAUGGAAUGUAUAGUAAAUGAUUGUGAAUAUGAUUUCGUAGCUUGUCUGGCAUUGGCCAGUCCAUUACAAAGCCUGUAGAGAGGCCAAAACAAGCAGUGUGAAAGGCUGAAUCAGGAAGAGCUUGUGAUUUCACUAAAGAGGUCAAAGGGUGUAAGACACACCCAGUAGUUAAUCAGUCAAUAGCAAUCCUAUUUAAAAAAAAAGAAAAAAGCUCCAACGCCUGUAAAUACAAGAAAAGAAGUAGUGUAACUUAAAAGACGUCAAUGUAUGUAUAUGCUAUGAGUUACUUUAGACAGGGACUGUGCAAUAAAUUCCCCAUUCGUUUUGUGCUGUGGCAUGUGGUCUUGCGCAUCCUAUGUGCAACUUAUUUAUUAUGUAUGAGUGUCAGACAGUGCGACAUAUAGUGCAACGGACCAGUGUGAUGGAGAGAGAGUGUGCGAGAGUGUGCAGUAUAUUUUGUAUGGCCAUGAAGAUAUUUUAGUAUUAAACUAAAAUAGUUACAAUACUAAUUUCAUCUACUGUUAUUGAGUAGCAUAAUUGAUGUUGACAUUUUGUGGUGAUACUUGUGACCGUUUACCAAUGGAGUCUGUGGCAUUUGUUUUAGUUUUUCGUCAAGGAACAUUGAUCACCGGGUUUUCUUCUUGUCGUGAGCAUUUCCAUGCAAGCUUUAGCUAACUUUACAAAAGUGAGAUUUGGAAGUAAGCACCUGAGGCAGCGGUGUCUUUAGAUUUGGUUGGAACUUCCAAAGUUUCCUGUGGUCUUGACUGUUUUUGGUGUACGUGCCUGUAGCUAUGCAUCUUACAUUUUCAGAGCAAUUCCAUUUUUCCCAUUAUUGCCGUACCGUAAGUGGCUUCAUUUGGAAGCCAUUUCUGGACCCUCUUCACUAAUGUCGGCAAGAGAUGCGCAGUGGGCGGGACUCUUGUGCACAUUCAAUUGGAGAGUGCUUCCCCUCCUGUCGUGAGCCAUCGUCUCCUACAGUAUUAACAAAGUGCCCUCAUCCAAGACUGUAUGUACAAUGCAGAGCACUCGAGACCAUUUGCUGUGGCGUAGCUUGGGCUGGUUUGUCCAGUGGAAUUGUCCUUAAUAAAGCAGACAAUCCUGGACCGUGUCACUUUUUCCUCUUUUGCUGAAGCUUCUCUACUACGAAAUAUGCACAAAUACAUGUACAUGGACGCAUUAUGCAUUUCGUAUGCAGAGUCAUCUCACUGCCUCGACUAAACUUCAACGGGCCUAAAUUCUGGCCGGCACAUCCAGCGGGACGUUCCUGCAGGCUUUCAAUGCUUCAGAGGGGGAGUAACCGUGAAAUGUGUCAAGCCCGUAUUUGUAAGCAACUUGGCCUUCUCAAACUCCAUCAGUGGGGAAGUUUUGAUUUGUCUCGCCACCUUUCCACCCUUGCUGUAUUCAACUCGAGUAGCCAAGAUGCUGUUGAUGAUGCCAGACCAACUGAUGCCAUUCUUUCCAUUUGAUUAGGCCCAAAAGAAAAAGUCUCUGGUUUCUAGUCAGGAGCUGGCUCCAAAAGUGGUGCCCUCGCUUUUUUUCCGGAAAUGAUGUAUGAUAUGAUAUAUGAUAUGAUAUAACGCCGGCCGUUACCAAUACUAAAAUAGACUGACCCCCCGUACUUUUACUGUUUAAAAGCAUUUUCAGCUUGUACAGUGCACAGGACAUAAGACCACCUCGUUUGUCAGGUUCCCAGAUGUAAAUGUAUAAUACAGCAAUGACGUCAUCUGAAAAAGAGUGCCCGUCGGAAUGUGUAGGGAACUAAAGGGACUCCUUUACUGUACAUAUUACUCAACUGUACCCCAUCGAAAGCACGUAGCAGGAUUCCAGUCGAUUAAAGCAAGUUUGACAGCUUUUGUACAUUGUUUUAUACCAAAUAAACUUUUUUAUUUUGCCGAUGCGCAGGUCUUCGAUGAUGUGCGUGCUGACCAGAAACCGGAGACUUUUUCGGCCCUAAAUAUUUUAGCAAUAAUUUAUAUUUAUGCAUCACAGUCCUUGCAUUUCCAGUGGCAUUUUGUCAGUCCAAGGCCUUUGGGUACCGUUGUCAGUGUUGCGAAUGAUCAAACAAUUCCUGCUUCUACCACUGUGAUAAAAUGGAGGGCCACGUAAUACCAACAUUGCGUGCCCUUUUGUUUUUCUCCAGUAAGUUUGCUGUCCGUAUUUUUCGACCAAAGAAUGACAUUUCGGUCGUGCACAUUGUAGCAAGAAAAGCAGACGCCAUGCAUUGAAAUCCAUUUUUAGGAAGAAUGCGAUUUAUUUCUUGUAUUAAUUUUUGGAGAAAUGUGUACUCUUCAGCUCCAAGAUUCCAGCCUUCCUCAGAUCAUCUGUGUUAAACUUCUGAUGCAAUGGAAUAACAGUUGUAGAUAUUACCUUAUGUAGAACUCAUUUUCUGUAGCGUUAAGAACUUAGGCAACUAACUUCAUUUGUUCCUUUUUUUCUCCCCGAAAUGUACUAAAUGUUUACACGAUGUGAUUAUGUGUAUCUUGUCAGUGAAAUAAAGUUUCCGAUGGAAACAGUGA